AAUAGUUUAACAGCUUUUAAUUUAAUUUAGAGUCAACUUCGUUCUUUACUUUUUACACCCUUAUAAAUACAUUCAAUUCCUCUUACAUCUUAAGCCAACUUACAACUCAUACCUCACCAUAUCUAUUAUUUUCCCAUAGCUAGCUCACCUCAGCUGCUCGCUUCCGCCUUCCUCACCUCGGACUCUUCUCAAUAAAUAAGAGAAGAUGUCGUCGAGGAUGAUGAUGAAGGCAGUGAAGGCAUUCGCCUUGAUAGCUAUCACCAUGGUAAUGGCCACCAUCGCUUUUAAUUCCAUCAGUAUCAAAUAUGAUCACCAAGAUUACCACCCUAACCCUAAUGAAGAAGAGGAGAACAUUUCUCAACUACUUCCUUCUAAGAGGGUUAGCCGGUUCCUAGCCGAGAGUGACUACAACCACCAUGGAAGAAGCUUAAAGCCCGCGGAUCAUUGCCACAAGGACUACGAGGUUUGUGACAUCAAGUAUGGGAUGAACUUCACUUGUUGUGGAAACAAGUGUUUCGAUCUCACCAUUGAUCAGAAGAACUGUGGAGGUUGCCAUAGCAAGUGCAAGUUUACUAAUGAAUGUUGUGACGGAAAGUGCGUAGACAAAACCUAUGACAAGAGACAUUGUGGCAAAUGUAACCAAAAGUGUUUGGCCGGACAAUUAUGUGUUUAUGGGUUGUGUGACUACGCUUGAUUUACUACUAGCUUGCUCUUACGAAAUUGUACGUAUAUCAUUUGAGCUAGUAUGUAUAAGCAUUAUGUAACGUGAAAUUCUGGUUCUGUGAUCUCAUGAAAAGGGUCUCCUAA